AUGGGCGUGUUCACUGCUAUUAUGCUUUCUUUUUGGCCGAACAGCGUGGAUUGAAGCGGUGAACUGAGAGCUGUUACUGAUUCGUUCUGCGAGAACAGCGACUUCUAGAGCUGAUUCAGAAUGGAGUCUUCAUUGAGUGCAGCUCAAAUACGUCAGAAGUUCAUUGACUUCUUCGGCCGCUAUGAGCACCAGUAUGUUCACUCGUCUUCCACCAUCCCACUGGAUGACCCCACGCUGCUUUUUGCCAAUGCCGGCAUGAACCAGUUCAAGCCCAUCUUCCUCAACACCAUCGAUCCCUCCCAUCCCAUGGCCAAGCUGCAUCGUGCAGCCAACACCCAAAAGUGUAUCCGAGCAGGAGGCAAACACAAUGAUCUGGACGACGUGGGUAAAGAUGUCUACCACCACACCUUCUUUGAGAUGUUGGGCUCCUGGUCCUUUGGAGACUAUUUCAAGCAACUGGCCUGUAAGAUGGCCCUGGAGCUGCUGACUCAGGAGUUUGGUAUUUCCAUUGAUCGCCUGUAUGUCACCUACUUUGGAGGGAAUGCUGAUGCAGGCCUGGAGCCUGACCUGGAGUGCAAACAGAUCUGGAUAGACCUGGGGAUGGAGGAGGCUCGCAUCCUGCCAGGCAGCAUGAAGGAUAACUUCUGGGAGAUGGGAGACACGGGUCCCUGCGGUCCCUGCAGCGAGAUCCACUACGACCGCAUUGGAGGCAGAGACGCCGCUCACCUGGUGAACAUGGACGAUCCCAAUGUCCUGGAGAUCUGGAACCUGGUGUUCAUUCAGUUCAACAGAGAGUCUGAGACGGAGCUAAAGCCGCUGCCUAAGAAGAGCAUCGACACAGGGAUGGGUCUGGAGCGCCUGGUGUCCGUACUGCAGAACAAGAUGUCCAACUACGACACUGACCUCUUCGUCCCUUAUUUUGAGGCCAUUCAGAAGGGUACUGGUGCUCGACCUUACACGGGUAAAGUGGGUUCUGAGGAUGCUGACGGCAUUGACAUGGCCUACCGUGUCCUCGCUGACCACGCACGCACCAUCACCAUCGCCCUGUCAGAUGGCGGUCGGCCAGACAACACGGGACGAGGUUACGUGUUGAGGAGGAUCCUGCGUCGUGCCGUUCGUUAUUCACAUGAGAAACUUGGAGCUCAGAGGGGUUUCUUUGCAUCUCUGGUGGAUGUGGUGGUUGAUUCCCUGGGUGAAGCUUUCCCAGAGCUGAAAAAAGACCCCGACAUGGUUAAAGAUAUCAUUAACGAGGAGGAGGCGCAGUUCCUCAAAACCCUCAGCAGAGGGCGCCGCAUCCUGGAUAGGAAGAUCAUGAGUCUGGGAGAAUGUAAAACCAUCCCAGGUGACACAGCAUGGUUGUUGUACGACACAUACGGUUUCCCUCUGGACCUGACGUCCCUCAUCGCUGAGGAGAAGGGCAUGGGAGUGGACCUGGCUGCCUUUGAGGAGGAGAAGAAGGCUGCACAGUUGAAGUCUCAGGGUAAAGGUGCAGGAGACGAGGACCACAUCAUGCUGGACAUCUACGCCAUCGAGGAGCUGAGAAACAAGCAGAUACCAGCCACAGAUGACUCUCCCAAAUACAAAUACUCCUCAAAUGAAAACGGAAACUACGACUUCCAGCAGGCCUCGGCUACAGUUCUGGCUCUGCGGCGCGACCGAGCCUUCUGCGAUGAGGUGACGACAGGUCAGGAGUGCGGCGUGCUGCUGAACCAGACCUCGUUUUACGCAGAGCAGGGAGGACAGACGUUUGACGAAGGCUACAUGCUGAGAGAGGAUGACAACACCGAGGACCGGAUGGAGUUCACAGUGAAGAACACGCAGGUUCGGGGAGGAUACGUCCUUCACGUCGGUACCGUUUAUGGAACGUUGAAAGUUGGAGACUGCGUCACUCUGCAUGUAGACGAGGCUCGCCGCCGGCCCAUCAUGAGCAACCACACCGCCACUCACAUCCUAAACUUCGCCCUGCGAGGGGUUUUGGGGGAGGCAGAUCAGAGGGGCUCCCUGGUUGCUCCUGAUCGCCUGCGCUUUGACUUUACUGCUAAAGGUGCUAUGAACACAGGGGAGAUCCGCCGGACCGAAGAGAUCGCUUGUGCCAUGAUAAGUGAUGCAAAGCCUGUAUACGCCAUGGAAGCUCCCCUAGCAGAGGCCAAGGCCAUCCAGGGUCUGCGUGCCGUCUUUGAUGAGACCUACCCCGACCCUGUCCGGGUCGUAUCUAUCGGCAUCCCCGUCCAGGAGCUGCUUGGUGACCCCAACAGCGCUGCAGGGUCCCUCACCUCCAUCGAGUUUUGUGGUGGAACCCAUCUGCAGAACUCUGCUCACGCUGCGCCAUUUGUCAUCGUCUCAGAGGAGGCCAUAGCUAAGGGCAUCCGCCGCAUCGUCGCUGUGACAGGAACAGAGGCCCAGAAGGCUCAAAGGAAAGCCGAUGCCCUGCAUCAGUCUCUGUCUGCACUGGGAGACAAAGUGAAGCAGCAGACAUCUCCGAACAAAGAUGUACAGAAAGAGAUCGCCGACAUGACGGAGUCGAUCGGCAUCGCGGUGAUCUCUCAGUGGCAGAAAGACGAGAUGAGGGAAACCUUAAAGGGCCUGAAAAAGAUCAUGGACGACCUGGACCGUAGCUACAAGGCCGAUAUCCAAAAGAGAGUCCUGGAGAAGACGAAGGAGGUCAUCGAGAACAACCCCAACCAACCACUGCUCAUCAUGGAGAUGGAGACGGGAGCCUCAGCAAAGGCUCUGAAUGAAUCACUGAAGCUGCUGAAGUCGCAGUCCCCUCAGACCGCUGCCAUGCUCUUCACCGUCGACCCAGAUGCCGGAAAGAUCACCUGCCUGUGCCAAGUCCCUCAGGAUGUGGCCAACCGCGGCCUCAAGGCCAGCGAGUGGGUUCAGGAACUGUGCCCCCUGCUGGACGGCAAAGGAGGCGGCAAAGACAUGUCGGCCCAGGCCACCGGCAAGAACACAGUAUGCCUGCAGGAGGCGCUACAGAUGGCCAAUGAGUUUGCUCGGCUCAAACUGGGAGAGAACUGAGAGGAGAGGGAAGGAGGUCAGGAACCUUAGAAAAGUCUGGUUUUUCCCACCCCGACUGAUGACCACUGACACUCAGCCAGCAGCCCAUGAGCCACUCGUAUUUAUUGGGACUUUUCUCUGGACAUAAAUUGAUGAUAUAACAUCCUUUCAGGCACUUUUAACUGAGACAGGAUGAAGGAAAAUAUGAGAAAAUAAUUUCAUUGUGUCCACUGCAUUAUUGCAUGUCCACAUGCAGAGACAAAGUGAUGUAUUUUGCUUUAGCCUCCGAAUACUACUGUACAGCUCAGAUAAAAUAAAGAACAUGUAAAAACUGCAGGUUCCUCUGAGAACAGGGCACUUAAUGAAGCACAUCCUGCCUCUGAGCUCCCGUUUCAUCUCACUGUAACCCCCUUCGUACCCCUGAGGCCCUUUGUCUUUCUUUUGGCUGCUUGCACCACUUGAGCGGAGCCCGAGGAGGAGAAGUAAUAAGUCAGCUUAGCUCUGAAACAACUGCGGUGCAGUUUUUACUCUGUGCCCUUCGCUGGCUCCAGGCUUUCUGUCUGAUCUAUGAACAGUGGCGCCGUCCAUCAGUGUGAGCCAAACCCAGUUUUCACUGGUUGGACUGGAGGUGUUCGUGCUGUAGCUGUACCAUAGUCUCCAAACAUCCAGCCUUUAUCUGACAUUUAGUAGAUUAAUGAUUCGUUAACGGUGUAAAUUGAUCAUGAAUGUGUUCAGUAACCGAUCUGUGUAUCUUCACAUUGCUGACAUUUAAUAUUGAUUGAAUGCAGAGUGUCUUAUUAUUGUAGCUGUUCCAUGUUGCAGAAAUUAUGAGGAUGGAAUAAAUAUGACUGGUAAAUGCAA